AUGAAGGUGAGCCCAACUUCCUGUUUGUGUCCUGUACUUCUGUGUCUUUGCUUCUUGGAAAGAGGCUAUGGGGCAAGUCACCAUGGCCAAGUCAAAAUGAUCACUAGGAACCAUAACAUGACUCGCAGUCGCAACCACACAAAAGAUGAAGAGACUGAGGUCCACCACAGACCAAAGCGAGGAUGGAUAUGGAACCAGUUCUUUGUACUGGAGGAGCACAUCGGGCCAGAUACACAAUAUGUUGGGAAGCUUCAUUCAAAUUCAGAUAAAGGAGAUGGUUCAGUAAGAUAUAUCCUUAGUGGAGAAGGAGCAGGAACUAUCUUUAUUAUCAAUGAAGUAACAGGAGACAUUCAUGCCACCAAGAGCCUGGACCGGGAGAAAAAGUCACAUUAUGUUCUCCACGCUCAGGCAAUUGACAUCAACACCAACAGACCUUUGGAACCAGAGUCAGAGUUCAUCAUCAAAGUGCAGGAUAUUAAUGACAACGCACCCAAAUUUCCUAAUGGUCCCUUUAUCACAUCUGUGCCAGAGAGGUCAAAAGUCGGUACAUCAAUUUUCCAGGUGACCGCAACAGAUGCGGAUGACCCCACUUACGGAAACAGUGCACGGGUGGUGUACAGCAUUUUGCAAGGACAGCCUUACUUCUCCGUGGACCCCCAAACAGGUAUCAUCAGAACAGCAUUGCCAGACAUGGAUAGAGAAGGAAAAGAGCACUACACAGUGGUCAUCCAGGCCAAAGACAUGGCGGGACAGGUGGGAGGAUUGUCCGGCUCCACUACCGUCAACAUCACGCUCACUGAUGUCAAUGAUAACCCUCCUAAAUUCCCUCCAGAAAACUAUCAGGUGUUUGUCCCUGAGUCUGCACAGGUGGGAAAACCAGUGGGAAAGAUCAAAGCCAAUGAUGAGGAUGUAGGGGUUAAUGCUGAAAUUAAAUACAGCAUUAUUAAUCAAGAAGCUGCCAACAUGUUCUCCAUUGCUACAGACAAAGACACAAAAGAAGGCGUCAUCAGUCUUAGAAAGCCACUUAACUAUGAAAAGAAGAGACAGUACACUCUGCAUAUUGCAGCAGAAAACACGCACCUCGACCCUCACUUCUCCCACCUGGGAUCAUUUAGGGAUAAUGCUACUCUCAAGAUAACAGUUGGAGAUGUGGAUGAACCUCCUGUUUUCUCUAUGGAUUAUUAUAUCAUGGAUGUAGAUGAGGAUGCCAAAAUUGGCACAGAAGUGGGAAGAGUAACAGCACAGGAUCCAGACAGCAAAAACAGCCGAAUCAGGUAUUUCAUUGAGCAAAGCAACGAUGAUGAGAGCUAUUUUGACAUUGAGCCUAUCAGCGGAGUAAUUAGAACAACGAGACUUCUGGAUCGAGAGGACAUAUCCUGGCACAACAUCACUGUCAUGGCAACAGAGGAAGGUAAUCCUAGUCUCGUGAGUCAUGUUGCUGUCACAGUACAGGUUCUGGAUGUUAACGAUAAUUCACCAGAAAUCAACACAGAGGAAGAAAUCAUCAUCUGUGAAAGCACAAGAGCAGGACAGGUUAUUCAGACUAUCACUGCUGUGGAUAAGGAUGACUUUGCCAAUGGACAAAGAUUUUACUUUGCUUUACCUGGAGGAAUUCCGAUUAAUCCCAACUUUACUAUAAGGGACAAUGAAGACAGCACGGCUAGUAUCGUAGCCAGGCGGCACCGUUUCCACCGACUGACUCAGGAGCUGUAUGAGCUGCCCGUGGUGGUGUGGGAUGGAGGAGAACCCCUUCUGAGCAGCACCAGCACUCUGACCUUACGUGUCUGCCCAUGCCAGCAUGGUACCAGGCUUAAGAUUUGCCAAAGUGAAGCCUUUCUUUCUUCCGCAGGUCUUAGCACUGGAGCACUCAUCGCUAUCCUGCUGUGUGUUCUCAUACUGUUAGCAAUCGUAAUUCUGUUCAUCACUUUGUGGCGAAGCAAAAAGGAACCACUGAUAAUCUCAGAGGAGGACAUUCGGGAAAAUGUGGUCACCUAUGACGACGAAGGAGGAGGCGAGGAGGACACCGAAGCGUUCGACAUCAUCGCUUUGCGAAACCCGGAAGCUGCAGAGGGACUAAAGUUCAGGAGGGAUGUCCAGCCUGACGGGUGUUAUCCCGGGUCUAAAAGAUUCUGUCGCCAUGGCUGCAACCAUCGUAGCCCUGCCUCCCUGGCAACAGAUGAGGAAACAGACGUCCACGACUUUAUCAGACAGAGAAUAACAGAGGCAGAUCAGGAUACUAGCGUACCCCCUUAUGAUUCACUACAGACUUACGCCUAUGAAGGACAAGGCUCAUCAGCAGGCUCCAUCAGUUCAAUAGGGUCACCAGGAAUCCAUUCCGAACAGGACUGUAAUGUACUAGACGACUGGGGUCCGGAAUUUCAAAAACUAGCCGAACUCUACGGUGAGGAGGCUGAUAUGAUUCAUGAACUGAAUGCAAAAGAGUCAGAAGAACAGACUUAGUUUUAAAGGUCGUUUCAAAGACUUUACAACUUCAAACACAUACAUAAACAGAAUAAAACUACUCUCUUUUGCUACCAUGGAUGUCAUUGUUUUAUCAAUAAAGUGAAAUAUUAUCAGACUGUUAUCCGGCUGAAAGUUUUGCGUCAGCUAAAAGACAGACUGACGGACAUUCUUCUGAUGAUUUUGGAUCUUUUAAAUAGUAGAUUCCAAGAAGCAAGGAGAAGAUGAACAACCUGAAAAAAGAAAAUGAAUGGAAAAAGGAAAUAUUUUCCAUGGUGUAUAUUUUUAUUGCAUAAUAAAGUCAGAAAC